UGGAUACACCUCCCUAUUCCGACGUUUCCGCUCAACUGUCCCCCGGUGCACAUGCCCUGCACGUCAACGGCGACCCUCAUGCUCCUGGUCCCUCCAAUGCUGUGGCUCACCCGCACACUCCGAAUGGGUCAUCUGCCGGGCCAAGCAAUGUCGUCAGCUCCGCGACAGGCUCGGUCGACAUACGCGCUCUGUACUCUACAAGCUGGUCGGCCAUUGAGAGUCCUCCGCCCCCGACUUUACGGGAGAUCCUAACAGCAUAUAAGCAAAAAGGUGACGGCGACCGCGAUAUGCUGCUCGCCAUGCUCAACGCGAAAAGCGCGGAGGACCAGCGCAUUGCAUCUCAGUUGUCCCUCCGGCGCACGAUGCUCGAGAUUAGUAGGCAGACGACCGAGUCGUUACCGCAGCCACACCAGCAUCUCCCUUAUUCGCAUUCUUCCCAUGCGCACGGACAUGGACAGCAUGUGUACACAUAUGUGCCGGAUGAGCAAUACCACCACCAACAGCACCAUGUCGCUCCUACCUCGCCACCGCCGCCGCACGUGUACACAAACAGUUACUCGUCUAACGCACGUACGCAUGGGCAGCUCCGCGCAGUAGAGUCUCCACCUCUAUCUUCGGUGACACAAAAGACUAUGGCAUCUCUGGCCUCGCGUACGCGAGCUGUUCCUCGGCCUCACUCCAGAGAUGCAACUCGACCUGCUGGUGAUGCGCGAUCGCAGACAUACUCAGGUACUGCCUUUGAAACUCAACCGCACAUUCCUGGCCAAAGUCUGGGUCAGAAUCAGCGAAGGAAACGUGCGCGUCAUUCGCGUUCGCGAUCACGCUCUCCGAUCCCUGUUGCUUCGUCUUCCUCGCACCGUGUAUACAAUUAUACAUAUACGCGCUCUCCUCCGUCUCACUCUGCGUCACAUUCUCAUUCGCACACAGAGGCAGAGCUGGAACCGGACCGUUCACCUUAUUCGUCUGCCUCCGCCUCUGACAUUGGUUCACCCCGCACACACCAGACGCGGACGAUGGCGAUUGGUUCACUGCUGACAGCAGGCUCCAAAGCUCGUGCUGCUGCUGACCACGGUUCCGAUGUGGAGCCGAAUGAAAGGCCGAAUGGGAACAGUUCUAUGCCAACGGAACGCAUGAAAGAAGAACGCUCAGAGCGAGGGCUGAAGUCAUUGCGUCAAACUGGACGUGACCAUCAAGAGUCUAUCGAACGCUUGCGUGUCUACGAUCGUGAACGAAACACAAGUCGUGGAUAACAAUAAUCUUGAAGUGUAUCUGUCAGUUGUUUGCGAUUACGACGAAAUGAGUCUAAAUUAUGGGUUGCAUGAUUCAUAACUUCUCUCUGCCCUCCCUUUCUUUUCGGCUCUUUAUUGGUUCUCUAAUUCCUUCCUAUUUCUUGACAAGCCCGAAGGCUUGCUUUUCUGAUGUCGCUAUCGGAUACGAUGUUUGUUUCAUUUCAGUUUUUUUUUCUUUGUCUUGGCAUAAUUAUCUCCUUACGUGUCAACACGAUAUAAAGGUCCCAACCAAUCGUGUAUGCUAUUAGCCAGUUAGGCACUCAUGUACUAAGUACCAGUAACCUCAAC